UUAGUAAAACCUGCUUGUUAUAAAUACCAACAUAUAGAAUAACAUCCAAAAUCCAAAUUCCAAUUAUAUUCCAAAAAAACUAAAUAGGACAAUAUAAUUCUGUCGAGGCAAUUCAUGACUAUUCAUCGAGUUGUGUUUCUUGCUCUUCUCCUUUUAUCCGGAACAGUUCUACUAGGAAGUAGAGUGGAAUCAGCAGCUGCCAAGGCUUGUCCUAGGAAUUGUGAUACAGAUAUAGCUUACAUGGUUUGCCCAUCAAGUGGAGAGAGGAUAAUUAGAAAAGUAUGUACCAACUGUUGCGCAGCACAGAAAGGUUGCAAACUUUUCCGUAGUAAUGGAUCUAUAAAAUGUACUGGGACUUAGGAUUUGUUAAUAUAGUAAGACUACUAUUAGCUAGAAUGGUCACUACUAAAAUAUUUGUGCAAUAACGUUGAGCCUCUACAUAUAUGCUCAUACUGUGUCAUAUGUAAUAAGUAAGGUAUUUGCCAUUCCUAGCUUGUUUAAUUAAGCAUUACAAGACAUGAUGACUAUAUAGUCAUCUUGUAUUAUGCAUGAAAACUGUUCUUUUCAUUAA